AUGGCUCAAGUAGCUCAAUUAGGUAAAUUGCCUCGUCAAAUCCUUCUGGCAUUCCGAGUCCUUCCAUCCGACAGGAAGAACUCUUCCAUCCGACAGGAAAAAAUUUUCCUUCCGACAGGAAGAACUCUUCCUUCCAACAGGAAAAAAUUUUCCAGUUGUCCGUCCGUAAACCAUUCAAAUUUUCGAAAAUUGAGAACUUUUUGGUCGAACUUCAGAAAAAGUUUUUCCUUCCGACAGAAAAAAUUUUUCCUUCCAACAGGAAAAGUUUUUCCUUCCAACAGGAAAAGUUUUUCCUUCCAACAGGAAGGACUCUUCCUUCCGACAGGACACAAACGGAUGACUGACGUUCCUCUUCCUGAAUGCCUUCCAAAGCCAGAAGAACCGACAGACCCAGCACCACAACAGACUUACUAA